AUGGCGCGGAUCGGGCUGGAGGACCUCGAGGGGCUGGGCGAGGAAUCGACAGCCGGUGGCGGGGAGGAUGACGACGAGGAGGAUAGCGACGAGGGACGGGAGCGGGCUCGGUUGUUCGCCCACUGGGAAGCCGUAGCCAGCACGCACCGAGUGAGCCUGCCCCGAGACAUGGCAGGUCCGAUCCUCCAGAUGACCCGGCACAGCCAGGCUCCAGAGGCCGUGCCCUUCGUUACGCUCUCGCAGCAGGUGAAGUGUGAGGAAGCAGCCUACGAGGAGCGGCGGUACCCAGCUGGGAAGUGGGCAUGUGUCACCAAGGAGGAGCCCAUGUAUGAGCAGAGCAUCUCCAUGAGCUUCAUGAAGCUCAUGCGCUACAUCUGCAAGGACAACUCUGUAGGUUGCUAUCUGGGCAUGACAGUCCCAGUGCUCAAUGAAAUCCACCUGACCAAGGAAGGGACUGGGCUGGAGCGUGAGGUCAUAACUGGCUAUUACCUUCCGGGGCAGUUCCAGCAAAACCCUCCUGUUCCCACAGACCCUGAAAUCCACAUCAUCGAGAGGUCCCCGCUCCGGGUAUUAACCAGGGUUUUCUAUGGGAUGACCACCGAGGAGACAAUUCUGCGAGAGAUCAGUCUCUUCUGGGAGCUCUUGGGCUCCACAGACACUGUGCUCCGGGGGACGUACAUCGUGGCUUCUUACGAGAACCCCAGCGUCCCUCGGCGCCGCAACGAGAUCUGGUUCAUCUGCCGAGCAGAGUGAAUCUCCGCUCUCACCACCAACCCUCCUGCACCUGGACCUGCUCUUCUGACCCAAAGGAGACAAAUGCACGUCCUUGACCCACCAUUAACCCACAAAAUGACAGACAGAAAGAGUGCUGCGGGCUGGGCUUGCACUCUGCCUUGUGAUGGCCCAGGCAGGGGGAAGCCUGACUGCUCUGCACUUCGCAUGCUGCUGUGCCUGAGGCUGGAGGUGGCACUAGGGAGAGACUCUGCAGAAGGCUUCUGGUGGGAAGCAUGUGGUGGGAGGCUCAUGUAAGGCAGUAGCUGUGUGGUGUUGUGCAGUACAACCUGGGCUUUCCCUCAGCUCUGAGCUGGGCUUCCUGGGCUAGGCGUGCUUGUGGGCCCUGUGUUUGCUGCAGAGUCGUGGGCUGGUGGUGGCUGGAAGGCAAAUGACUUGUGUACAAGGUAUGGAGCUCUGUGUGGCCUCUGAGAAAGGCUGCCUGUCCCAAACGGAGCCACUGAAAUGCUGCUGCAGGGACAGUGGGUUUCAAAGGGGGAAAGGACUCACCACAAGCAAGAUGUGGAUCCUGAACAUUCUCUGCUAGGGUGGCUCUCUUUGGGCUGUUGUUGGGUGCCUCCCUGGCUGUCACACACUAUCCCUCAGCCAGGACUGGGGUGCUAGCAGCCUUUGCCCAUCAGUUGUGGGUGCUGUUUUGCAGACCUGCUGCAAGCUGAGAGAGAAAGGUGCUGGCAGCAGCACCGCUGGUGCCACUAUGCCUUGCAUUCCACAUUGAUCAGCAAACUUCACAUCCAUGAAUCCUCUCCUGCUUUCCUGGGGGAAGCUGGCAGUGCCAACUGUAAA